AUGGAGAAAAAGAAGAAGACUGUGCUUUCUGUAUCACGUUUUCCUGCAAUUGAAAAUAGUGACUCAGAUAGAAAACAAACUGCUGAGGACACAACACAUUUAAUGGAAAAGAAAGAGCCUGAAAAACAAAACAAGGUAGUGAAUCAGAUUAAUGCGUCAGUUGCGGGAAAAUUUAAAUCUGUCGAAGUAAUGCACAGAACUGGAACACCAAUGUGGGUCAAGACAAAUCAUGACAUUGAGCAUGUUGCCGAUGGUAGUUUACAAACGCAGAAGUGCAAAGACCGAGGAAGAAAUUAUCAAAUUAUUGGUGAUUUGGAUACCACCGAUUCAUCAUGUGAAUAUUCAUUAGAGAAUACGCUAGCUAUGGAAUCACUCGAAAUGAUUAAAGGAAAAUAUGGCGUGAAACUGGAAGGUGAGGAGAUCGAUCAUCAAUUGGGAAAAGCACCGCAACAAAGUGAUUCAUCAGACUAUUCAUUAUUUGAUUCGCAGUCAUCAAGGAGGGACAUUCGUGAACAACGAUUUCGAUUACUCAAAUUAAAUACAUCGAUAGCCCGACGAGCAGCUGUUGCGUUAGAAGACAGUGCGUUUUCUACAUCUACUCGGAAUAAAAAAGAAACGCCUGCAGCUGAAAGGGUUAAUUUUAAAUUCCAGCACAUCUCGAAAUCUUCGAUAUCCCCAUACACCAGCGCGCAUUUUUUCGAGUUGUUUCAAGGCGAAAAGGUAGAGCUUACAAGUUGGCAUUUAAAAUAUACAAACUAUUCAUCUGGAAGUUCAAGUCAUAAAGGGAUGAAAACAGUACUCAACGUAAAACGGCACGCAAUAGUUACUGCUUGCAGAAUGAACAAGCAAUUCAAGUCGAAGAAACUGAAGAUAAAUUAA